AUGGCAGAUGGCAUAAAUCAGGAUUAUUUAUUCGGUAGCCACGAUUACGGUGAUCUGCCACUCAAGCCAGAUCACCCGAAUCGUCCACUUUGGGUGUCGCCAGAGGAUGGUCAUAUCAUAUUAGAGGGAUUCUCGCCUAUCGCUGAACAAGCACAGGACUUCUUGGUAGCGAUUUCAGAGCCAGUCAGUAGAACAAGCCUUAUGGAGGAGUACAAGAUUACGCCCUACUCGUUGUACGCGGCCGUAUCUGUUGGAUUGGAAACAGACGAUAUCAUUGAAGUUCUUAACAGACUCUCGAAAGUGCCUGUACCUGCCUCUAUCGUUUCCUUUAUCAAGGAGUGUACAAUGUCAUACGGUAAAGUUAAGCUGGUACUUAAGCACAACAGGUAUUUCGUUGAAUCUGCCCACGCCGAUACGCUGCAGAUGCUGCUCCGUGAUCAGAUUAUCAAGAAUGCUCGUGUCGACUCGAAUUCGCACAUCGAAACCAGCUCCGCACCCACUAAAGGCGAUUUAGUCAUUCCUGGUACAAAAGAAGCUCAAGGUACAAACAAUCAGAGUGGUCAGCCUAAUCAGCCUAAUCAACCUGAUCCUCCUCCUGAAAACACCACAAACGAAGGCGAGCAGCAAAACAAACCAGACGAUAAGAAAAAGAACACUGGCGACGAAUACUUUACCGCUCUGAUAGAUAUUGAGAAACAGGAUGAGAUGGAAGACGACGAAGAAGUCCACUCCUUUGAGAUCAAGUCGGAUGAAAUCGAAACCGUCAAGAGAAGGUGUAACGAGUUGGAGUAUCCAAUGUUGGAAGAAUAUGACUUUCACAAUGACACACGCAACCCUAAUCUUGAUAUUGAUUUGAAGCCUGUGACAGUUAUUAGACCGUAUCAAGAAAAGUCAUUGAGUAAGAUGUUUGGUAACGGCAGAGCUAGAUCCGGUAUCAUCGUUUUGCCUUGUGGUGCUGGUAAGACGCUUGUUGGUAUUACAGCUGCGUGUACAAUCAAGAAGUCUAUAUUAGUUCUCUGUACGUCCUCCGUAUCCGUUAUGCAGUGGAAACAGCAAUUCAUGCAGUGGUCCAACGUAAAUGACAGCCAGAUAUCAGUAUUCACUGCUGACCAGAAGGAGAAGUUUGGUGGCGAUAGCGGUAUUGUUGUCUCAACUUACUCAAUGGUAGCUAAUACUCGCAAUCGUUCACAUGAGUCGCAGAAAAUGAUGGACUUCCUUACUUCACGCGAAUGGGGAUUUAUUUUGUUGGAUGAAGUGCAUGUUGUGCCUGCUGCCAUGUUUAGAAGAGUCGUUACAACAAUAAAGGCGCAUUCCAAGUUGGGUCUGACGGCUACGCUUGUCAGAGAGGACGAUAAGAUUGACGAUCUUAACUUCCUCAUCGGACCGAAGCUCUACGAAGCAAAUUGGAUGGACUUGGCCGCCAAAGGCCACAUCGCCAAUGUUCAAUGUGCUGAAGUGUGGUGUCCAAUGGUCCCAUGUUUCUACCGAGAGUAUCUCAGAGAAAAGAGCAGAAAGCGGAUGUUGCUUUAUUCGAUGAAUCCUCACAAGUUCCAGGCUUGUCAAUUCCUCAUUGAUUUCCAUGAAGACAGGGGCGACAAAAUUAUCGUGUUUAGUGACUGCGUCUAUAGUCUUGAACAGUACGCUCGUAAGCUGAAAAAACCAUAUAUUCACGGAGGUACUUCUCAAGUAGAGAGAAUGAGAGUUUUACAGAGAUUCCAAUUCGAUAGCAACGUCAACACUAUCUUCUUGUCGAAAGUCGGCGAUACGUCGAUUGAUUUACCUGAGGCUACAUGCCUGAUUCAAAUCAGUAGUCACUUUGGAUCUCGUAGACAAGAAGCUCAGAGAUUAGGUCGUAUUCUGCGUGCCAAGCGUCGUAACGAUGAGGGGUUCAACGCUUUCUUCUACUCGCUGGUAUCGACAGAUACGCAAGAAAUGUUUUAUUCAACAAAGAGACAGGGUUUCUUGGUAGACCAGGGUUAUGCGUUUAAGGUGAUAACGCACCUGUUCGGUAUUGAAAGGUUACCAGAACUGGUAUACAGAUCUGAGAAAGAGCAGAUUGAGCUACUCGAGUCUGUACUACUUGCCAAUGAAUCAGCAGCAGACAUAGGAUCCGACAUUAAGGCUUCAGAAGAUGACCUGGCUGGUACAAUACACGGAGUGACUAAGCGUAUGACGGGAUCAACAUCAGCUCUGGCUGGUGGCCAAGCCAUGUCGUAUAUCGAAAAGAAUAAGUCUGCAAACAAACAGAUUACUAAGGAUUCGAGACACUCUUUGUUUAAAAAGCGCGACAAGGACGCGGCGGACAGAGCUAAGAAGAAAAAACAGAGACUAGCCGGAGAGGCUUAG